AUGGUGAAGAAACGCAGAAGCAGAAGCAAAAAGGAAGGAAAAUCCUCGCGACCGCAGACAAACAGCUCGAGCUUAAACAACACCGAGCUGGAUAAGUUCUUUGAUUAUGAUCGAGAUUCAUGCAUGCGACAAGUGGUCAAUUUGAACGAUGAAGUCAAAAGAAUACAACACGUAAUUGAUAAUUUGCGUUUGGUUGUUGAAGACAUACGGUCUGAUCGGGGCAGAGAAGAAUGUGACAAAUUGGUUUUGGAUGAUUACCUGAAGAAUUGUAUCAGAAGAAAAGAAUCGGAAAUAGAAGCUCUAACAAAAAAGCUACAGGAACUGGAAACAUGGAUCACAGAACAGCACGGUGAACAUGAGGAUAGGGUGGCCAGACUUCUGCUCGAGGUUGAAGCUGUGAUAGAACGUCUUGGAUCGGAAAAAGCUAAUCUGGCCGGAAAAAUUGCCUCCAUGGAAGAAAUCCGAGUACAAAGAGAUCAACUACAAAUAAAAUUUGAAGAAAUCAACCGAGCACUGGAAGAAACUAUGGAGCAAAAUCAAAAAGCCUAUUACGCCAAAGAUUUGGAGGUAACCGUGGAGCAAAAAAGGUCAGUUUACUCGUUUGCGGUGUUGAUGUAA